AUGUCAACGUAUAAACUUACCUAUUUUAAUGCUCGUGGUCGUGCUGAAGUAUGUCGUUUAAUAUUUGCUGCUGCUGGUCAAAAAUAUGAGGAAAUUCGUUAUGAACUUCAUGAAUGGCCGUCACAUAAACAUGAAACGCCCUUAGGUCACAUACCUGUUCUUGAAUAUGAAGAUGUGAAGUUACCACAAUCGGUAUCUAUUGCUCGUUUUCUUGCUAAACAAUUUCAACUAGCUGGCAGAGAUAAUUUUGAACAAGCAAAAGUCGAUGCUGUUGGUGAUACAAUCGGUGAUGCCAUGUCAAAAUAUAUGUCUGUUCGUUUUGAACGAGAUGAAAUAAAAAGGAGAGAAGUUACUAAAAAAUUUCUGGAUGAAGAAUUAUCUAAGUAUUUACAAAAUCUAGAAAUUUUAGGUAAAUUAUAUAGUAAUGGUGGUCCGUUUUUUGUUGGUAAUCAAUUAACAUGGGUAGAUUUAUUCUUCUACGAUUUAGGAGAAAAACUUCUUGAAUUAGAUGAUAAUAGUUUAAACAAUUAUCGAUGGUUAAGGCAAAAUCGUGCUGAAGUUGAAAAACAACCAAGAAUUGUGGCAUAUCUCAAGACGCGACCAAAAACACCAUUUUAA